AUGCGUUUCUCCGCGUCCGUUCUUUUGGCUGCCGCUGCCGCCGCCACUUCGGCCUCCGCUCAGGCCGUGGUCGGCAAGGCGUACGGUUUCGCUACCGGUGUUACCGGCGGUGGUAGCGCGGCCGCCGUCACUCCGUCCUCCGCCGACGAGCUCGCCAAGUUGUUGUCCGACGACACUCCCCGCACCAUCCUCAUCGACAAGGAGUGGGACUUCACCGGCAAGUCUGCCACCGGCGAGGGCUGCGACCGCAAGAGCUGCAGCGCCGCCAGCGGCGGUCAGCUCUACCUCGGAGACCUCUCUUGCGGCUCCUCCGACAACGUUGCGGCCACCGUCACCUACGACGUCGCCGGCACCGAGCCCCUGAUCGUCGGCAGCAACAAGAGCAUCCUGGGUGUUGGUGGGAAGGGCGUCCUCAACGGUAAGGGCCUCCGCAUCAAGGCCAACGCCAAGAACGUCAUCGUCCAGGGCGUCGAGAUCACCAACCUGAACCCCGGCGUCGUCUGGGGAGGCGACGCCCUCGACCUCCAGGGCGGCAACGACGGUGUCUGGAUCGACCACUGCAAGUUCUCCCUCGUCGGCCGCCAGUUCAUCGUCAGCCACUACGACGGCUCCCGCGCGACCAUCUCCAACAACGAGUUCGACGGCGUCACCAAGACCUCGGCCUCGUGCAACGGCAACCACUACUGGACCAUGAUGCUCAACGGCAAGGGCGACCAGAUCACCCUCGACAAGAACUACUUCCACGACGUCUCCGGCCGCGCCCCCAAGCUCGGCGACGCCGGCACCUUCCAGGCCACCAACAACCUCUUCAGCAACAUGAAGGGCCACACCUUUGAGCUGUACUCCGGCACCUACGCCCUCAUCGAGGGCAACGCCUUCGAGGCCGUCGACAGCCCGUACGCCGGCGAGGCCUUCGCCAACAGCUUCAACGUCCCCGACGCCUCCGCCGCCAACUCCUGCAAGUCCACAAUCGGCCGUGCCUGCGCCGUCAACAGCGUCGACUCCAGCAGCGGCGAGUUCAAGGCCCUGUCCAAGACCAACGCCCUGUCGACCUUCUCCAAGCUCAAGGACUACCUCGUCGAGCCCGUCGCCGCCACCGGUGUCGCCAGCCUCGUCAAGGGCAGCGCUGGUCCCUCCAACCUCGGCUCCGGCUCCAGCUCCGCCGCGACCCCCGCCCCUGCCGCCGAUGCCGAAGAGACCAAGACCGAGGAGACUACCACCGAGGAGACUACCACCAAGGAGGAGCCCGCUGUUGUUGAGGAGCCUGCCGCCGAGGAGCCCGCCGCCGAGGAGCCUGCUGCUGAGAAGCCCGCUGCCUCAUCCGGCGCGUCUGCUCAGCAAUGGGGCCAGUGUGGUGGCAACGGCUGGACUGGUCCCACCGCCUGUGCCGCCGGUACCUCGUGUGUUGUCCAGAACGAGUGGUACUCCCAGUGCCUCAGCUCUGCCGCCAGACGUAGCAUGAAGUCCCUGCGCCGUCGCUAG